UCUUUGCCCGAUCGUCUUCUCGUGAAAGUGAUCAUUCAAGCUCACAGUUCGCUCAAUAGGAUUAUUGCCGCUAUCUAUUUACAUUUGGUUCUUUAGAUUUAUUGCAUUAUUUAUUUAGUGUUAUCUCAUUGUUGUCGUCUGCAGCUCCUCGAUCUGUUCCUCUCUCACAUGCUUGAUCAUUGCUGCCCUCAAUCAUUGUCUGUUCGAUCCAUCUUUCUUGUCUUUCUUUUCGCUCAUUUUUGUUCGUAAUUUUUAAGUCUUAACUGUCUGAUAGAAUCAUGUCCGGAUAUUCUCCUGAAUUGUUUGUGGAAAAUGUGGACCAGGAGUUUCUUUGCAGUAUCUGUUAUGGUGUGUUCAACAAGCCAGUGUCUUGUCAAGAUGGGCAUUCCUUCUGCCACCACUGCAUCACCCAGUGGCAGUCAAAUAAUAAUCAUUGUCCAGUCGACAGGAGAGUUUUAAGUGGUACUUUGGUUAGAAAUCUUGUAGUUGAAGUUGCUAUUAGCAGGAGAGUAAUGAAGUGUCCAUCAACGAUCUCUCUUCCUGGUGGCUGCAGCUGGACUGGGCCAAAAGCUGGUCUGGAGAAUCACCUUCCACAUUGCGAUAUGAAGAUUGUGGAAUGCAAUUUUAAAGGUAGAGGAUGCAUUCUUCGUUCUUACCAACGUGAACUUGCCAGCAUCUGCUAAUUUGCCCUCACAGGACAGAGAAGUGCCCUUCCUCUGGUGUGGAUGUUCCACAUAGUGAUCAAUCAGGUCUUGAUGAGCUUUUUGUUGGCAAAUUGGUGCCAUGUCCGAACAAUUGUGGGAUUCAGGUUGAAAGGUAGAUUUUAGUUAAUUAUGUAUUGUUAUUGAUGGGAGCUACUUGUGGUAGAUAGUCUUCAUUUGCU